AUGGAAAAAUUAGAAGAGGUCUGCUGGUCAUCGGGGAUCAUGAGAUUCCGUCUUGGUGGCUCCAGGAAAACCCAGCAGUUCUACACCGAGAGGGGCCUUGUGGAAUCUUUCUCAACAGACCAAAACGAGAGUUUUGGUAGCUUUCGGGCCAACUAA